AAGAAUUGUGUUAUUUUUCUUAUCAAUUGGCUUGAACUUUGAUAAUUGAUAGAAAAUAAGAAUAAUAAUGAGAUAACAGCAGGCAUUUUCUUCUCACGUUUUAUUUUUAUUUGGAGAUUUGACCUUGGGCCGGUAACCUACGUAUUUUACUAUUUCUAAUUACACAACCUACUAGAGUUAAAAGUUAAAGCAAAGUUAUGGAAUUAGUGGGCAAAGUAAACAACUACGAUUGGGGUAAGCUAGGAACCCAAUCAGAAGCGGCAAAAUUAGCCGCUUUGAAUUCUUCAGAAUUUAAAGCCGAUGAAAAAACUCCAUAUUCUGAACUCUGGAUGGGUGACCAUCCCAGUGGACCUUCAGUCAUUAAAUCCAGCCAAGUAGAACUUGGUAAAUUCAUUGCCGACAAUAAUGGCAACGGGCUUAUUGGUGAUCUGGACAAACUUCCAUUUCUCUUUAAGGUUCUGAGUAUACGGAAGGCAUUGAGUAUUCAAGUUCAUCCCGAUAAGAAAAACGCCGAGAGAUUAAAUGCUGAGCGACCUGAUGUCUACAGAGAUCCUAACCACAAACCUGAGAUUGCCAUUGCACUAACUCCAUUCGAUGCUCUUUGCGGCUUCCGAACCAACGAAGAAAUUGAGAAAAUAUGUACAAGACUACCUCCCCUUUCAGAACUUCUGGGCUCUGAAAAUGUGAAGCUGCUUUCUACCGGAGCAAAAGGGUUACGAACCUGCUUUGAAAAGUUAAUGACUUCGCCUGAAAAUCUUACAAAUGCAUGCAUAGACGCAAUUGCAACGAAGUACACUUCAGUUCUGCAGGAAAUGGGGCUUCUGGAGAGUUUCAACAAGAUCAAAAGAGACUUCCCCGGUGACUCGGGAAUCCUUGCAUUAUUUUUUGUUAAUCUCAUUCGUCUUCAACCGGGAGAAGCUAUAUUCCUAGCUGCCAAUGAAAUUCACGCCUAUCUCGAGGGAGACUGCGUUGAGUGCAUGUCGUGUUCAGACAAUGUAGUCCGUGCCGGACUGACUCCAAAGUACAAGGAUGUUGCUUGUCUCAUCGAGAUGCUUAACUUUGAAGGUACACCCCCAGAGAUGAAGUUAUUCAAACCGACCCAAAUUGAUGAAUGCCUCGAAAGAUUCGCUCCUCCCAUCAAAGAUUUUGCAGUCGACAAGCUAAGUAUUCCCAGUUCAUUGAAGGAAUAUAACCUUAAGUUGGAUAAGUACGGUGGUAUAAUGUUGGUUUUGAACGGCGAGAGGCAACUUGUUUUCAGCGAUGGCAAGGAAUUGAAUGUUCAACGAGGAUCGAUUAUUUUCAUUCCCGGAAAUAUUGGCGAGAACUUAACUUUGAAAGUUAAAGAAGGCAAAGCUGAUAAUUUUCAAGGCUAUAUUGCAAAAUAUAACAGUUAUUUGUAACACUUAUACACAAAAUUCAUGAAUUUGCUUUUAACAGCAUUUUAUACCGGUAAACUGUUGUGUAUGAUUUACAAUAACAACAAAAUACUCAAAAUUUGUUAACUACUUAUUUUUAUUGAAACGUUUAAUAAAUUUGCUACUACACGCAUUUUAAGGAAAACAUUUAAGUCGA